AUGUCGAAGAACCUGAAAGGCACUGAACAUUCAGUGGUAGUGUUUGACAUUUUGGAGCCACAAGGUAAAGGGCAGAUCUACAGUAACCCUUGGAUGAAUUGCACUAGCAUGGGGGAAUCUCAUGACCGGUGGAAGGAUGGGAGACAAUUGAAGAUGCUAGAGCACAUGAAAUGCAUCCGGUCAGGAGACAUCGGGUUUGCCCAGAUGUCAGUGUUGGACAUGGGAUUUCAACCAGCCAGCAAGUUAGAUCCCCGCCAUGCACCUGACACCAUGAACAGCUCUUCAAACACAGCAGUCGUUUGUCCGGUCAGUACCUCAGUUCACUUCUGGCAGAAGAUGAGCAUGUGGUCCAGAGGCCUUUGGACAUGGGCUUUUGCAGAGAUCCAGUGCAUGAUGUUCCGGCUGGGUCAUAUUCCUUUGAACAUGGGCUUUCAGACAGAUCUGGCAUCCUGUCACUCAUUGGACAUUGAACCAGAUGAUCAUUCUUUGGAUAUGGGAUUUGAGACACUCCAACCGGAUGGGCACCCUUUGGAUAUGGGAUUUAACACACUCCAACCAGAUGCUCACCCCUUGGAUCUGGGAUUCAAUGAACUCCAACUGGAUGGGCAUCCUUUGGAUAUGGGAUUCGACACAGACGUGUACAUUGGCCUGCAAAACCUGGACUACCGGACACCGGCCGAUCCAUGUAAUCCAGGAUUCAACGAACUCCAAACAGAUGAGCACCAUUUAGAUAUGGGAUUCAAGACACUCCAACUGGACAAUGGCCCCUUGGAUCUGGGAUUCAAUGCAAUCCAACUAGAUGAGCACCCUUUGGAUAUGGGAUUCGGUACACUCCAUCCGGUAUAUCCGGAUCAGUCAAUGCAUAGUAAGGAAGACAUGCCUUUGGACAUUACAAUCGCCACACCAGAUCGGUACAUGGUCUUCCGGAUCCAUCAUUUGCCAAUGGUGAACCGGAACCCAUUGGAUUUGUGA